CCCCACCUUGGAGCAAGGAAGUCGUCGACCAGCAUGCGCUUCGGCCUGUACGCGUCUACGAGCUUGAUCGCCGGCGCGGGCCUCGUCGCCUACACGUACCACACGCGCCAGCAGUUCUACCCGACCGUCAUCUACCUCGUGACCUCCAAGGUCAGCGUCAUGGUGCUCUGCAACGUGGCCUUUGUGCUCACGAUUCUCUGCGGCCGCGUCUUCAAGCGCAUCUUCCUUGGCACGCUGCGCGACGCCGAGCUCGAGAUGCUCUAUGACCACGCCCGCUUUGCCAUUGCGGAAACGUGCUUUACGCUCUCGGUGUUUCGCGAAGAGAUGACGCUCAAGGUGCUCGCGCUCUUCACGCUGCUCCUCUUCAUCAAGACGUUCCACUGGCUCUGUCAAUGGCGCGGCGAGCAUAUUGAGCAGUCGGAGGUCGUGUCGCGCUCGACGCACGUGCGCUUGGUCAUGCUCAUGUCGCUCCUCGCCGCCGUCGACAUGUCGUUCGUCGUGCUCUCGGCUGUCAAGGUGCUAGAGCGCGGACCGUCCGUCUUGGUUCUCUUUGGCUUUGAGUUUCUUGUGCUUUUCGUCUCGCUCGUCGCCGUCUUCAUGCGCUACGUGCUGCACCUCAUUGAUGCGCGCGUCGAUGGCACGUGGGCCAACAAGUUUACUUAUGUGUUCUACCUCGAGCUCAUUACCGAAAUCGUCAAGCUCAUCGUCUACUUGGUACAUGCAGUGCGCCUCGGAAACGCCUUUGUCAACCGUGCCAUCGUAGAUUUCUUCAUGAUCAUCUUUACGUACUAUGGCAUGCCGCUCCAUCUCUUGCGCGAUCUGUGGAUGUCGAUCCGCAACCUCCAGCGCCGCAUCAUCACCUACUUCCGCUACCGCCGCAUCACGGCCAACAUGAACGAGCGGUUUCCGAGCCCAACCGAGGACGAACUCAACGACACGGAUCGCAUUUGCAUCAUUUGCCGCGAAGAAAUGACUCCAGAGACGUGCAAGAAGCUUCCUUGCUCGCACAUUUUUCACCUCAACUGCCUUCGCAUGUGGCUCCAGCGGCAACAAACGUGCCCGACGUGCCGUGCCAAUAUCCCGACCGACCGGCAACCGGACGUAGUCCCAGACGAGGCUGCCAACCUGCCAGUUGCGCCGCCGCCCGUGGAGCAGCCCCAGCCGGCGGUGCCCGAGGCAAACAACGCUCCGCCGCCACCGGUUGCGCCCCGAAACGCACCUCCUCCACCUCUCCACCGGCAGACGCCGUACCAGCCGCCGGUCGAAGCGCAACGCGCGGCACCGGAGCGACCGGCUGCCGUGCCGCCGCCCGUCAACGUCGGUGGCCCGGUGCCCGUCGCAGGAGGCGCGCCGUUUCCACCGCUCUUUGCGACGCCGCCACCGCCGAUUUCGGGCGGUGUGGCCCCGCCGCCGGCCCUGCACGGUAUUAUGGACCCAGCGCAGCUGCACUACAUGCAGUCGCUGCACUAUGGUCUCCAGUUGGACCCCAUGUACCUGCAGUACCAGCUGGACAUGCUCCAGGCGCAGCUCCACGUUCUGCGUGCGACGUCGGUAGCACUGCAAACGGGAUCGCUCACCACUGCUGGCUUUGCGAUGCCUCCGAAUGCUGCCUAUGCACCAGCAACGCCUUUCUCUGCGCCGACGCCGCCCCCGACGUCGGCUCCCGUUGCAGCACCGGCGCCCUCGACGAUCUCAGUGUCGCCCGCCGCUGCCCCUACGCCAGCGCCAUUCGUAGCGGAGACAAUGACGCCGCCCGCGCCAUCGACGCCGAUGGAACCAGCACCUGUGUCGGCACCUGUGCCAUCGACACCGAUGGAGCUGGCGCCAGUGUCGGUGACGGCACCCAUGCCUACGACACCGGUGGAGCCAGCAUCCGCCGAGCCCAAGGAGCCGACGCCGGCGGCCGCGCCAUUGUCGGAAGAAGAGGUCGAGCGCCUACGCCGUCGGGACGAGCUCCGAAGGAUAUACGCCAAGCGCUACGCCGACUCGUCGGAGAGCGCCACCAAGGACGAGAACGAGGCCGAGUAA